GGCAUUGAAGAGGACGCGUUUUAACAUAGGCAGGCGGUUUGCCCGGAGAGGCUUGUUUAUUUGCAGUUUUAUCUUAAGUUAUUAGAUGAAACAUUAGCAGGCGUUGAUUGCACGCUGUCUUUGAAGUACGUUUAGUUUUUAAUCGACAAUUACCGAGUUGCAACACAGGACGUUUUCAUUUAAAUUCGCACUUUACUUAGCCUGACUGAAGAAGCUAAACUAUCUGUCGAUAACGUUAGCACGGACAAGGAUGAUCAGUUGACGUGUGCUUCAGCAAGCUAGAAUUCGGUGUAAUUGUAAUAUUUUGUAGUAGAAUCGUAUUGCAUUUUAAAGUUGAAUUAUAUUGCUCUUUGUUGAUUACUUGAUUGACACUAGACUGAAUAAGACUUUUCCGAAAAGAUGAGUGCUGGAAUAGCGAAGACGGCUAAGCCGUCCUCUCACGUAGACCCAAAAUCUGCACCACUUAAAGAGAUUCCUGAUAUAUUGGUGGACCCGCGGACUAUGAAGAGGUAUAUGAGGGGCCGAUUCCUCGGAAAAGGAGGUUUUGCGAAAUGCUAUGAAAUCACAGACAUGGAGACUAAGGAGGUGUUCGCCGGGAAAGUGGUUCCCAAGGCUCUGCUCCUGAAGCCUCAUCAGAAGGAGAAGAUGAGCACUGAAAUUGCCAUCCAUAAAAGCCUGGACAAUCCGCACGUCGUGGGCUUUCAUGGUUUCUUUGAGGACGACGAUUUCGUGUUCGUGGUUCUGGAAAUUUGCCGCAGACGGUCUCUGCUGGAGCUGCACAAGCGCCGAAAGGCUGUGACUGAGCCCGAGGCGCGCUACUUCAUGCGCCAGACCAUCCAAGGCUGCCAGUACCUGCACAACAACCGUGUCAUUCACCGCGACCUCAAGCUGGGCAACCUCUUCCUCAAUGAGGAAAUGGAGGUUAAGAUAGGGGACUUUGGUUUGGCCACACGGAUUGAGUUUGACGGUGAGAGGAAGAAGACUCUGUGUGGGACGCCCAAUUAUAUCGCCCCCGAGGUCCUCUGCAAGAAAGGACACAGCUUCGAGGUGGACAUCUGGUCCCUCGGAUGCAUCCUGUACACACUGCUGGUAGGAAAGCCACCAUUUGAGACGUCGUGUCUGAAGGAGACGUACGUCCGCAUCAAGAAGAACGAGUACAGCGUCCCACGACACAUCAGCCCUGUGGCGGCGGCGUUGAUCAAGCGCAUGCUGCACGCUGAGCCGUCUCUGCGCCCCACCAUCGCUGACCUGCUGACUGACGAGUUCUUCACCAGCGGCUAUGUGCCCAUGCGCCUGCCCACCUCCUGCCUGACCGUUGCCCCACGCUUCUCCAUCGCCCCCGGCACCCUGGAGCCGCCCCGACGACCGCUCACCGCCAUCAACAAGGGUACAGACAGUCCCUUGGAGAAACUGGGGAAGGGGGACCAAAAGGACGAGCCGCAGCAAGGUGAAAGUCCAGAGUCUGCAGACACACACCUCUCCGACCUGCUGCAACAGCUCACCAGCCUCAACAACGCCAAACCCUCAGAGAAAGCGGUCAUCCGCCAGGAGGAAGCUGAGGACCCUGCCUGUAUUCCCAUCUUCUGGAUCAGCAAAUGGGUGGACUACUCCGACAAAUAUGGCCUAGGUUACCAGUUGUGUGAUAACAGCGUGGGUGUGCUAUUUAACGACUCAACACGUCUCGUCCUCUACGACGACGGUGACACGCUCCAGUACAUCGACCGCAACUCGGCAGAGUCCUACCUCAGCGUCCGCUCCUACCCCUCGCCUCUCGCCAAGAAGAUUACGCUGCUGAAGUACUUCCGUAACUACAUGAGCGAGCACCUGCUGAAGGCGGGCGCCAACAUCACGCCGCGUGACGGGGACCAGCUGACGCGCCUGCCCUUCCUGCGCCACUGGUUCCGCACCAAGAGCGCCAUCGUGCUGCACCUCAGCAACGGCACUGUGCAGAUCAACUUCUUCCAGGACCACACGAAGGUGAUCCUGUGCCCUCUGAUGGGGGCGGUGACGUACAUCGACGAGCGGCGUGAGUUCCGGACGUACCGCAUGAGCGUGAUGGAGGAGUUUGGCUGCAGCCGCGAGCUGGCCAGCCGGCUACGCUACGCCCGCAACAUGGUGGAGAAGCUGCAGGCCUGCAAGAGCGCCCCUUCCGCACAGCGCUGACCACACGCACUCACUCACUCACUCAGACCGCCCCUCACAGGAAGUUGUGUGUCUGUACAGUGAGCCCUGUCAGUCUCCUGAUGAAUUGUGGGAUGUUGGUGGUUUGACUUGUCUUGUCAGUUGAUCAUGUCCUGUUCUGUCUGUCCGUAUGUCUGUCUGUUGGUCUAUUUCGGUGUGGUUUUACUUGUUUGUAUUCUCUCCAUCUGUAAAGUAUUUGAGCAAGUUCAAUGUUUACCAGGUGUGUUUUUACUAUCUUUAAUAUUCCAAAUUUAAUAAAGAGCUUUGUCUUAUUUCA